AUGCAAAAAUUUAUAGUUGGUAUAUGGCAACUUAAAAGUGGAAAAGAAUAUUCACCUUCUUCUCUGAAAAAUGCAUUAAUCCUAUUAAAUAGAAAAAUAAAACAGUUAAAACAAAAUAGAAUUAUUCUACAACUUCAUUAUCCGUUAACUGAGAAAGAGAUUACUCUUAUAUUUAACUAUCCGAAAGUAUCAGCAUCGCAUGCUCAAGGGUUACAAUAUAAAAUAUUUAUGUGGAUGUGUAUGCUUUGUGCACCAUGGGGUGGAGGCUUAGAUAAUAAUGGUAAUGCAACUAGUAUUCCAAUUCUAUCAGAUCCUCUUGAAAAAUGUAGACCCGUUUAUGAUAUUCGUCUUUACUUUUCUAAACGACCUGAUAAUUGUGCUUCGCCAAAUUUGCUUCUUCAAUUAGCAAAAAAUCUGAUUGUCAAUCAUUCAGGUCAUACUACUUCAAUUACACAUUUAUAUCAACUCAGAACACCUAAUUCAACUUUAAUGUCAAUUACUGGGCAUAAAAGUGAAAGUUCUGUUAGAAUUUAUUCGCACCCUUCUGAACAGCAAAAAAAAGAUUGUUUAUCUGCAAUAAUUAAUUCUAGCAUUAAUAAUAUUGAG